AUGAGGCGUGCUUCCCACCGGGGGUCCCCCCACAGCCACCGACAGGGGCCGCGCAUUUGGGGUGUCUGCCCACCUGCAGCAGCAGCAGCAGCAGCAGCAGCAGCAGCAGCGACUGCAGCAGCAGGGAGUCGGGCUGGCCUGAAGUGUGCCUUGCUGCAGGCUGCAGCUGUUGCUGCGCGCGUGGUUUGCCUCCCGCUGCUGCUGCUGCACGUGCUGCUGUCGCUGCUGCUGCUGCUGCGGGCAGCAGCAGCAACUUGCUGCUUGUGCCUUACCCUAAAGCUGUGCCCCCGCAGAGAGGACUAUCGCCUGCGGUGUGAUUUGCUGCUGCGGGGGGCCCUCUGUGCUGCUGGGGGUGCAGCAGAAGCAGCAGCAGCAGCAGCAGCAGCAGCAGGUGCGGGGCACGCGCCUGCAGCAGCACCCAAAGCGACGCUGGCUGCGCUGCUGCUGCACCACAGCAGCAGCAGCUCUGCGCUUCCAAGCAGCAGCAGCAACUCUGCUGCUGCUUCGAAAGAUUGUUUGAGUUUGCUGAGCCGCCUUGUGGAGUCGUUGCUGCGCUGCUGCAGCUUCCCCUGCAAAAGCUGCAACAGCAGCAGCAGCAGCAGCAGCAGCAGCAACAGCAGCAGCUUCGUCCCCUCCUGGUUCUGUUUGCGUUGUUUUGCUUGUGCUGGGUGCCCUGCAGCUGCCAGCAGCAGCAGCAGCAGCGGCAGCAGCGAAUUAUGUGAGGAGGCCCUGAGUGUGCCUGCUGCUGCAGCAGCAGCAGCAGCAGCAGCAGCGCCGCGCAGCUGCUGCUGCUUCCCUCCUGCUGUGGCUUUGGCUGCGCUGCUGUCUGUUGACUCAGAGGCCUUUACUGCAUGCGCAUGCAGUGCUGCAGUUUGUGGGUCUUUGGGCUGGAGCCGGCUGGGGGGCUGUGGAGCCCCAGCAGCAGCAGCAGCAGCAGCAGCAGCAGCAGCAGAGCCCAGCAGCAGCUGCUGCUCGCUGCCGCUGCGCAGCAGCGAAGGGCUGCAGGCCGGGGAGCUGCUGCUGCUGCGGUGGCUCUCGCUGAGGGCCCUCAGUGUCUCCUUCUUUGAAUAUCGUCUCCUGAGUGCAGCAGCAGCAAGCUGGCGGGCCCAGUGCCGCGCAGCAGUUGGCGCCCAGCAGCAGCAGCAGCAGCAGCAGCAGCAGCAGCAGCAGCGGUGCGGCGCAGCAGCAGCGACCCCCAGGAGAAGCAGAAGCAGCAGCACGACAGCCUAUUCUGCUGCUGGGCGUCGCUGGGGCUCUGCGGCGCUGAAGAGCGUGGCGUCAGCAGCAGCAGCAGCGCACGCCUGCGUCCACAGCAGCAGCAGCAGCAGCAGCAGCAGCAAACCGCUCGGCUGCUGCUGCUGCCUCUGCAGCGCCAACUUGGCCCUCGAUUUGCUGCCGCCCCCCGCGGAGGCCCUCGUGGGCUUCGGGCCUUCGGAAGGUUAUGCUUUCUUUUACUUGGGGGCUUACGAGCGGUGCACUUGCAUGCGCAGCAGCAGCAGCAGCAGCAGCAGCAGCAGCAGCAGCAGCAGCAGAAGCAGCAGCAGCAGCAGCAGCAGCGGCAGCAGCGGCGGCGGCGGCGGCGGCAGCAGGAGAGAGCCCUGGGCGUACAGCAGCAGCAGCAAACGCGGGAACUGCGGCUACGGGUCGCGCGGCGGCUCGGCUGCUGCAGCAGCAGCAGCAGCAGCAGCAGCAGCAAACCCCGCAGCAGCAGGCGCUCUGGUGUCUGUACAGCUGAGGCAGGCGCUGCUGCCGCUGCAGCUGCACCAGCCCCACUGCAUCUUGGGCUUCAGCUCGCGCUGCGCUGCUGCUGCUGCUUCUGCUGCUGAAAUUGAUGCUGCUUAUUUGCGGCUGCUGCUGCUGCUCGUGGGCGGGGCUUCCCGGGACAGCAGCAGCUCGCCAGCGGACUGGCUGCAGCAAACCAGCAGCAGCAGCAGCAGCAGCAGCAGCAGCACGGACUGGAUGGCCUUGUUUGUCUUUGAGAAGCUGGAGUCGUAUUUUGGGGUCCCUGCUGCAGCAGGCGCUGCAGCAGGCGCUGCAGCAGCAGCUGGCAGCAGCAGCAGCGGCAGCGGCAGCAAAGCGUCCAGCCGCUGCAGCAGCAACUACGGCGACAGCGAACACAACACAGCAGCAACAGCAGCAGCAACAGCAGCAGCAGCAGCAGAGGGACAGACACAGGAAGUGUCUCCGUCUGCUUUGGAUGUUUGUCUCCUCAUGGGGGUUUUGUACAGGGCCCGCUGCGCCCUGCUGCAGCAGCAGCAGCAGCAGCAGCAGCAGCCGCAGCCGCAGUUGCUGCUGGAGCCGUUGCCGCUGGAGCAGCUGCAGCAGCAGCACGACUUCCAUGCAAUUGCGAACGCACCUUGUGCCAGCAGCAGCAGCAGCAGCAGCAGCAGCGAAGCGAACACUCCACGUGUGUCUCAGCAGCAGCAACGGCAGCAGCAGCAGCAGCAGCAGCAGCAGCAACUGCUGCUGGAUUUGGACGAUGGUUUCUUCCCUUCCUAUCAGUCUGUAGUUUGUCAAGUGCUUUGUAAGACGCAGCGCGACGCUCUCAGCAGCAGCAGCAGCAGCAGCAGCAGCAGCAGCAGCAGCAGCAGCAGCAGCAAGCCUGCUUUGACUGCUGCAGGAGAGCGGCCAGUGGUUGGCGAGGGCCCCUCAGGAGCAUGCCCAGCAGCAGCAGCAGCAGCAGCAGCAGACACAGCAGCAGCAGCUGGCGCCGCUGCAGCAGCAGCAGCAGCAGAGGAAGAGGAGGGGGCCCCUGCGGGGCCCCCGCUGCUGCUGCCGCUGCUGCAGCCGCGGGCCAGCACUUUGCUGCAGUCCUUGCAUGCGUUUGCUGCUGCUCUUUUGGGGUCUUUGCGGCGAGCUGAGGCGCUGCUGCAGCUCAGCGGGCAGCAGCAGCUGCUGCUGCGGAAGGAGCAGCAGCAGUUCAUGGCGGAAGCAGCAAGGCGCUUCAAGCCCUGGGCCCUCAAGUUCGGCGGAGACACUUAG